GAUUAUCUUACAUCAUAAUGUUGUGUAUUUUUCCGUGUGUAUUCUGUUAUGCAUCAUCUCUAUGUCUGCAACCUAGUUCUAAAAAAAAGCCUAUCAUGUUUUUCAGUAUACACAGUAUGAACACAAUAUAUGAGGACUACUCAUAUACCGCAAUCUGGCAACCCUUAGCCAUUUAAGCCGGUGCGUCAGGAUGGAUCCAGUUUGCGCUUCGUGCCGGAUGUUUUUUGGGCAGCAAAAGUGAAUCCUUCUGGAUUAUCUCAGCUCUUGUGAUGGGGAUGAGGAGUAAAAUCUCUAUUCUGUCCGUUAGGGAUCUGCUUUUAGAGAAGAUUGUGAAUGGCGAAUGUUAAUCCGGCAGAAUAUAAAUCCCCGCAUGCGUUUUUAUCCCAAAAUGAUUAGAGAAACGGUGCGUGAUUAAGAGCCGACUUUAAACUGCACUUUAAUGCUGAUCUGCUCAUGGCUGCUCGGAUGGAAAAAGGACUUUGGCUGCUUUUUCUCACCACGGCGCUGUGCGCCGAGGUGGAGGAGCGAUUGAUUAAUUACCUCCUGUCUCCUGAGCGCUACAACAAGCUCAUACGACCAGCAGUCAACAAGAGCCAGCAGGUGACCAUCGCCAUCCAGGUGUCUCUAGCUCAGCUCAUCAGUGUGAAUGAAAGGGAACAGAUUAUGACCACCAACUGUUGGCUCACUCAGGUUUGGACCGAUUACAGAUUAAUGUGGAAUCCAGACGAGUACGAAGGGGUCAUGAAAGUCCGUCUCCCUUCGCAGCACAUAUGGCUGCCAGACAUCGUUCUCUACAAUAAUGCAGACGGAACUUACGAGGUGUCCUUCUACUCCAAUGCUGUCAUUUCCAGUAAUGGUGAGGUUGCUUGGUUGCCUCCAGCCAUCUAUAAAAGCGCAUGUAAGAUCGAGGUGCAAAAUUUUCCGUUCGACCAGCAAAACUGCACGCUGAAGUUCCGCUCUUGGACUUACGACCACACCGAGAUCGACCUGGUCCUGCUGUCUGACUUCGCAAGCCGUGACGACUUCAAACCCAGCGGCGAGUGGGACAUCGUGUCACUUCCCGGCCGCAAGAACGAAGACCCGGACGACAUCACUUACCUGGAUAUCACUUACGACUUCAUCAUCAAGCGCAAGCCGCUGUUCUACACCAUCAACUUGAUUGUUCCUUGCGUUCUUAUCACAUCUCUGGCCAUCUUGGUUUUCUACUUGCCUUCAGACUGUGGUGAGAAGAUAACUUUGUGUAUCUCGGUUCUCCUGGCCCUAACCGUUUUCUUGCUUCUCAUCUCCAAGAUCGUGCCCCCAACAUCUCUGGCUGUGCCACUCAUAGGCAAGUACCUGAUGUUCGCCAUGGUGCUGGUGACCUUCUCCAUUGUUACCAGCGUGUGCGUAUUAAACGUUCAUCACCGUUCUCCCAGCACACACACCAUGCCACCGUGGGUCAAGAGCUUCUUUAUGCGUCGCCUUCCAGCGCUGUUGUUCAUGCAAAGGCCCGGAUCGUCAAACAUCCCGGAGAACUUCCAGCACAAGCACCAACAUCACUCAUGCUCGAGGAACGUUCAUAAAAGAGAGCAAGACCAUCUGGUGGAUUCAACGGUGUUUGUGAACAAUGACUCCAAAAUCAUGAGCUCUAGGAAGAGAGAAAUGCAGGACAGCACAGGGGUUCGGAAACGGCUAGCGGCGAAGCAGUCGGCGGAUAUGGAAGAGGCCAUGGAAGGCGUGAGAUACGUCGCUGAUAAGAUAAAGAGCAAGGAUGAUGAUGAAGCGAUCAUCGAGGAUUGGAAGUAUGUGGCGAUGGUAAUAGACCGGCUCUUCCUCUGUAUCUUUGUGUUGGUUUGUGUUUCUGGAACCGUUGGCCUCUUCAUGCAGCCUCUAGUCAAGAGCUACAAUAUUCCCAUGGCUGACAACACAGAGUGACACACACACACACACACACACACACACACACACACACACACAUGCGAGAACCAGCCCAAGCUCACUCCCAAUUUAGAAACUGUGAACGUGAGCUAAAGUAUUCCUCUCCCUUUACCCCUGCCCUGAUGUUUACUACCUAGCACUGGACCCAGGUCAUGUGAUCCUACUGACCUCAACCAUUUGUUAAGAAACGAUAGCAAUACAGAUUCAGAGAACCUUACCUCGAUAUCUUAAUCCUUAGACGGUUUCUAUGGUAACAAAAGUACAGACUCUAAUUUGCAUGCUCUCACAAAUACUGCAGUAGAUUUUAAACCAAGAAGGAAUAAAUAAUUAAUAAAUCAUCUUAUUUACAGGAUGCGGUUGUGCAAUGCACAGAGUACUCGGGUAAAAAAAAAAAGGACUUAAAUUGUGUGGAAAUGUCUUUCAAAAUUCUAUAAAAUUGUGUUCGUUAAUAUCAUUUUAUAAAAUGUGUAAUGAAAUGUUGCCUCAAAGCAAACAAACCCCUACUGUAUAAAGCACACACACACACACACACACACACACACACACAAUAUUUAUUUAAAUAAUACUCAUUAUAUUUUAUAUUAAUAUAAAGAGCUGAUCAUUUAUAUACACACACGCAUGUACGUCACACACCUCGUCUCGUCUUGUACGUCCUGUCCUUGGUCGGAGUUUUUUUCUUACUGUUAUCGCUUGUUUAUCUAUUUUCUUUUUUUUUUUUCUAUGCGGAUCGAGUCACAUGGUUAGAAGAUGAUGCAAUGUGCUAGAAAGACGGUUAAAGUUUUAAUAUGCAAAGUUUAUCAUAAACAUCUGAUGAUUAUGUGAUAGGAAUAAAGGUUUUCAAAGAAAAAAUUGUUCUUUGGUAAACACAA